UGCAAACAUGUUCUUGCUGCAAGAGUUGCAAUGAUAUUGGGAAAGACUGUUGAUCAUAAAGUGACACAGGAUCAGUAUUUAAUGCUAUUACGAUCAAUGUUUGAUAUAGAAGAACAAAAUGGAUGAUGGUACUUCACAAUAUUAUUUCACUGCAUCGAUGGAUUCUAGCAAGACAUUGAGCAGUUUGUUAAAGGCUAUUCAAUUUCAGGAGUCUGCAGUAUUCUGUGCUAUGCAAGAGGGUCUAAAGUUAACUGUGGAAGAAGGCAAGUGCGUCCAGGCCUCGGCAUAUGUACCAGCUGAUAACUUCACUGAAUAUCAUGUGCGGGAUGAUGUGGAUGUUGUAUUUAAGAUCAGUAUAGCAGUGUUGACUGAAUGUUUGAACAUAUUUGGUUCUGGAGAAGAAUCUAGUUUAAAAAUGUACUACAGAUGUGAUGGAUCUCCAUUGCUGCUAGUUUUACAACCCCAAUCGCUCAAUAACGUAAUGACUGACUGUGAAAUAGCAACUCAAACUGCAGAUUCUGUAUUAGAAUUGAGAGAUGAAAAUGCUGAAGAAGUGGCCAAAUUAGUUCUAAAGGCACCAGCUUUUCUGAGCCUUCUGGCGGACUUGGAAAGAUCCUGUGAUAUCAUUGAAUUAAACCUGACACCUGAACAUCCAAAUGUUAGCAUUGUUACUUAUGGUAUGCAGGACCGUUCCUGCAUUGACAUGCCUAAGUCAUCGGACAUGGUGCAAAGCUUCACGUGCGAACAUGCUGUUACGUUGAAAUAUCAGCUGCAUCACAUACGACUUAUGAUGAAAGCCCUUGCUGUUUCUACUAAGGUUGUAGUGCGGUGUAGUUCAAAUGGCCUGCUUCUAUUGCAACUAAAGUUGGAAAAAGAGGACCAAAGACAAAUGUUCUCUGAAUUCUAUAUCGUGCCUUUACUUGACGAUUGAUGUUCUGUGAUAAUUGUGUAGUUUUAAGCUAAUUUAUUUUUUAAGAAAAGUUUACGUUAGAAAUGUUUUUGUAAAUAAUGGUGCUGCAAACAACUUUGCUAACUUAAAUUAACUUACUUCAAUAUUAAAGUUCGUAUUGUAAAAAUUCAA